CAUGCUCGUAGUUGUUUCUACCUUCGUUAUCAUUUCUGUGUUCGUAGUCAAGAAAACAUGUCAGUAAGAAUUGCCGUACAUGUCCUUGAUCUCUGUAAUGACCAGCAAUCAAAAUGUCUGUGGAAACACGUUUGGGUGAAUUUUGGAGAAACUAUUGAAAAGGAUUUGCAUAAUAAAAAUAUCAGUAUUUCAAGCGACUAUGAAACUUCUGAUCCUGUGGCCAUUAGUUUCGAUAUUGAUGUAAGAAAGACUCUGGAUGUGCAUACGAUUAUUAAAAAAGCAUUUGUUGAAUUGAUAGAAAAACAAAAUUUAGAAAUCAGAUCAAUACACGAAGUUUCAAUUACACAAGAGGAGACAGACGCUAUAUCUAGACAAUUUACACAGCAUAAACUGUGAAUUUAUAUCAACAAGUAUUGCAAACAUUCAGUGUGGGUUGUAGGACAAUAAGCUGGUUUUAGAAGAAGUUAUUAAAGGUUUGAAAGACAAACUUCAUCGUUGUAGUAUAACAACGAGUACUUAUGCAAAACUUGACGGAUUAAAUAUUUCUAGAGAAAGGGAAGAAACACGGGUUUUCGUCCAACUAUCAGAAGAGGACCAAGCAAUUGUGUGGAUUUAUGACUUAUUGAAUUUAGAUUGUUUCAAGAAAGACAAUGUUGCCAUUAGUCAUCAUCAUUUCGGAUUAAAGAUAUGUGUUCCUGAUUCUAGUACAAAACUGUUAAUUGAGAAUGAUUUAAAGAGUACAAUUACAACUGGUAGCCUUGCUGUGUCCUGCAAGAGGUAUUUAUUCAGUGAUUGUCUAUAUCAGUUGAUUCAAAGGGAAACUGUGCAUGCAUUUCUUAUAUUUAGAUUACGGAAACAUAAAUGUGUAUGGUUUAAAAACAGCCAAAAUACUCUGACAUUAUAUGCGGAAAACCAAUCAAAACUUAAAGUAGCAGACGGAGUGAUCAAAGGUGCGUUCAAAGAAGACAUCAUCGCUGUGCCGUCUCGUUUUAUUAGUAGCGAGAACGCUAAACAGAAAAUAGCCAAUUUAGAAGAGAAGGGAAAUGGAAAACUGUUAAUCAAACUGAGCACAGACUUUUCAACAGUGAAUGUAUCACGAACGGAUGAUUACUGGUUCAAUCCAACUCAAAUUGAAUAUAUGUAUACAUCGAAGAGACUUUUAGUUCCAAAACAAAAACUGGAAACCAUGAAAAAGCUACUGAGUAACCACAAAUCCUCCAUUGAGAAUCAAUAUUCAGUAAACGUAUAUGAACAAGACGAGCCAUUAUGUAAAUGGACUGUUAAAGGAGAAGAUUCAGCGGUGGAAGCUGCUUAUCAAGAACUCUUGAAUCUACUACAAAUGCCUGGUCAAGACAAGACGUACAUUAUUGAGGAUAAAGUAACAGAUUUGCAAUUCAGGGUGACGAACAUCGCGAAUAGCUGCAGGUGUUGUGUUUCUCUUUCAUCAGCCAAAGUAACGUCAUCCGAAUUACGCACAAUACCAGUUGACCUAAGAAAACAUAUAAGAUGUCGUAGUAUAACAGUAGAUGAUGGUCUCACUGUCAGACUUUACAAUUGCAGUCUGCAAAAAAACUAUUGGCUAGGACAGAAUACGUUGUUUCUGAAUGUUGAACAUAAUGCUGGUGGUGAUACAUCCACUAUCAAAUGUAUGGUAAAUGCAUUUCAACAUGACCAUGCUACUAUAUACCUACCUAUCUGGAAGAUAGCAAAAGAAAAUGAUAACCUGCAUAAACUGAUAAUAGAAAUGAAAGACUAUUUCAAAUCAACAAACCUUCAAGGACUGACUGUUAUGUCGUUCGAUUUGUCUGAAGUUGAAAAAGUUAGAUGGCCUGUCGUUCAAUUUCUAGGAGCUAUUUUGUUAUCUUUAGAUUGUAGCAGACCAACAUAUUUUCAGUUCUUUGCACCAUCAGACGACAUAUUUGAACCAAGUUCCGACAUAAUCACCGAAUGGUGUCAGCUGAAAAAAGAAUCUUCGAAGCAAAAAUUGCAGAUUAAUGUAGUGAAAGGCGAAUUGGCUUUAAUGAAGUGUGACGUGCUUGUGAAUGCUACUAAUCGUGAAUUUGAUUUAUCACGAGGAAUGGUUUCUAAGGCAUUACUCAAAACUGCUGGCGUUGAACUACAGCAUGAUUGCGACAGGACCAUAAAAGGUAGACAGAUACAGUUCCCUGCGGUAGUUGUAACAAAAGGAUACAAUUUAUCAGCCAAAAACAUCUUUCAUGGGGUUCUUCCAAGAUAUAAAUCAGAGAGCAGUAUUCAGCAGUUUGAAUAUUUCAUCAAGAAUUGCCUGAACACAGCAGUAGACUUAAACAUGAAAAGCAUUGCAUUUCCUGCUCUUGGAACAGGAAACCUCAGUUAUCCACCAAACAUUGUCGCCUCUUCGAUGUUUCUGGUAGUGGACAAAUUUGCAUCUGAUUACAACGUAGGAGCUCUUACUGAAAUAAACUUUGUCAUAUUUCCAGCUGAUACAAGCGUAUUACAGGUAUUUGAAGCAGUAGAAAAAAACAGAAAGAAAACAGAUUCAGCGUGUAAAAUGUUUGUUGAUUCUGUUAUGGCUUGUCCUGAUUUUACAACAUGCACUGUGCAAGUAAUUGGACCAAAUGAUGAGCUGAUACAAGACACCUUUAAACAGAUUGAAGACGCAUUGAAUACGAAUGGAAAAACGAACGAGGGUAUCCGAACUGACAGACUAGCCCAGCUAGAAGCAAGUCACAAACAUGACAGCAAAUAUCCGAAAGGUUAUAUACAAUAUCUGCAGCGUAUUAUGAACGCAAAGGAAGAUAUGAGUGCUAAUUCGUUAAAUAAAAGACAAGGCACGGCAUAUUCAUCGAACACUUUUUCGACGCCUGCCACAUUAUGCAUUAAUGAAAAAAUGGUAAACAUUCCUCCAGUGAAAACAAAACGGUCACCAAUCAUUUACAGACCAACACAAGACUCGAUAGUCAUGAUUACAAAAGAAGAAGUUAAAGUAUUUGUGUAUAAGGCGGAUAUAUGUUAUCUAAGUAAUGUAGACUGCAUAGUAAAUCCAUACAGUAGCAGAAUGAAUGAAACCGAUGGUUUAACGAACAUUGUUGCAAGAGCCGGAGAACAAAUGAAAACACAAUGUUCAAUGUACUUCGAAAGGCAUGGAAUAUGUGGACGAUGUUUAUACAUUACGACUGCUGGAAAUUUGACCCACUACAAGAAAAUACUUCACGUAAAGGUUCCUGCCCAGAAUGAAAAUUCGACAAUUGCUGCACUUACAAAAAAUAUUUCGGAAACAAUAAGGAUUUGUUUGACACAAGCCAACAUGGAUAAUAUUAACUCAAUAGCUCUCCCACCCUUUAUCACACUAGGAUUCCAUACAGCUUGUAAUACAGAUAUAGUAAAAACAUACCCAGAUAGCGUUAUGAAAUAUAGCAAAGAAGCUGGCACGAAAUCAAGUAUUAAAGAAAUACAUUUUGUUCAUACUGAUCAGACAGAAAUGGAGGCGAUACAUGCGGCUUUUUUGCAAUCUAUUCCCGAUAGUUAUGCUGAUGAAUACAUUAAACAGAAGGAUAGAGCAAAUGAACUUUUGGGAUAUGCAGAAAUGAAUGAGUUUCAUACUUUUAAAACUAGCACUAAACCUUUGCAAUUCUCAGCGAGCAAAAACAUUAGUGACAGGACUGAGAAAGUUAAAAUGUAUCAAUCAGUACGUGGUUUAUUUUCAGAUAGUUCCGAGAAUGUUCCAUCAAAAUGGACAGGUAUGGAGGCUCAUGAAAUGAUUACAACAAUUAUCUUACAUCCACAUGAUCAGGAAUAUAAAGAUGUUGUAGACGAAUUCAAACAAACAUCUGCAAAACAUUAUGACAUUAUCAAGGUUGAAAGAAUUCAGAACAGGACUUUGCACCAGCAAUACAUAGCCAGAAAGAAAUUAAUGGACUCUAUUAACCCCUCCUGCUUCAACAAUGAACGUAAAUUAUGGCAUGGCACCACACUGGAAGCAGUCGAUGGUAUAAAUACAUAUGGUUUCAACAGAGGUUAUUGUGGAAAAAAUGCUGCUUCCUAUGGCAAUGGGGUAUACUUUGCAGUAAAUUCAUCAUAUUCAACAAAGUCACAAUACUCAACGCCUGACCAUGAUAACAGUAAAAGGGUGUAUUUAUGCAAAGUUCUCGUCGGCGAGUAUGCCAAAGGACAACGGGACAUGAGAGUUCCUCCACCAAAAUAUGGGGCGUCAGGAUCACACAUUUUAUAUGAUAGCGUUGUGGACAAUCCCUCAUCACCAAGAAUAUUUGUCAUAUUUCACGAUGCGCAAGCUUAUCCUGAUUAUCUCCUUGUGUUUCGAUAAUAAACAUUCAUGCAAUCAAUGUUAAAAAAUUGAGACACUUCAAAUUUGGAACAGUAUCCCACUGUGUAUACAAUUAUGUUGUGAUAACAUUAUAAAUCUAUAUGAUAGAAGUAAUAUAUAAUUAAGAAGUUAUUGUUAAUGUU